UAUUUAUACAUUUAUUUAUUUAUAAUUUUUGCAGGUUUAGUCCUCCAUACUCCUUCUGUAAUCUGUCCCCUGAAAAAGACAAGUCUCUAUCAUUAUUAUAAAGAGUUAUAGAGGGGGAGUAUGAUUUUGGCAGGGCCUUUACACCAUCUUUUAAACGUAAAUCAUUAAAUCUUUCUGCAGGAUUCAAUCUGCCAUUUUUUUGUCAAUUUGACAAUUUAUACAUUUUCUUCUAUUGUCAAAUCUGUCUGUAUUCUUUGCCGUGUGUGAUCCUCAACGAAUUUACAUGUAAUUUUCUGCCUGGUGUGAGGUGUAAAACAAUAGUAUAGACCAAUACUAGGUGUAAUGACAUUUAUUAACAUUUAGGUGUAAUGACAAGAGUUGAUACAGUCAUUCAUUACUGUUUACACUCAGUGGAACAGCACGAAAGUCGAUUCACUAUAAUCCAACGUUAUUUCUAUGAACUAAAUGCUUAAUCUCAGCUCCGUAUGUAAAUAUAAAUUAUUUAGCCUAACGAAUUUUAAAUCAGAUCAACAAACACAUAAAUAGUCCUGUAUUGCUUACAUUGUGUAAGAAUGUGAUGUAACGAGUUACAAAGAAAGUAACCAGCAGCGACGUCUAGUGAUGUCACGUGCGCGCACGCGAAGGUAGUCUGUUUUCGGCACAACACCUGUUAGGUGUGUAAUGCAAAGGUUGCAAACUUGUGAAUUUGUGAUCCCAAGCCUUUAAAACUAAAUAAAAUUGUAUCAGAUAAAUCUGCUUUUUUGCUUAUUUACAGAACGUAGGCUUUAGUAAAUAGCUCUCACUCAUCUAAGCAGCUGUUGUUGUGUUUUAUGAGUAUUUCCAUCUUUUUCUGCAUGUUUUUGAUUACCUAUACUAAAUCAUAGUUGUACUAAAACAGCAGAAAUGCAUUUUACUAUAUGACAGCUAUGUUGUUACAAUUCUAUCAUGACAUCAAGGAAAGCUAAUUAUUUAGAACUUAUAAAACGCUAGUGCAGUUGUAAGUGUUAUUUUAGAGUUAGCGGCGCGCCUCGCGUUUUCGAACAUGAAAAGCGCGUUCUGUCUGAUCGUACCCGCAGGCGGCAGAAACGCGAGGCGCCCGGCGCGCAUAAGCAGCGCGCAAAACGCUCCCUGCCAACUGAAAACAAUUCAAAAGAGGCGCGUCUCACAGCAAAAGACGCGUUCUGUCUGAUCAGACCCUAACAAGAUCAUUUUCUGCAUCCCAUUCCCAAAAGUCAUUUUUAAAGAUUGAAUUGAUUAAAUAAUCGAUGCAAAACAACACAUAAAAAAGAUGAAACGCUGCCCCUAGUGGAGCAAACAGUGAAGAACUCUAUUACUUAACAUGCUUAUGUGAGCAGAGGGUUGGUGGGCGUGUCUUGUAGGGAGGGAACAUAUUUCAUAACGUUGUAUGUAUAAAAACAACAGCAGAAACACGUUUACAUUGCUUACUCUGCAAAUACCCUGAAGAAACAACAUUCUGCUACAUCAUGAUUUGUUUGACAGGCGUGAUCGUGUUGCUUUUAGUAUUGACUGUAGAGGGAAGAAUAGGAGACUCAAAGAGUGAAAACAGUUUCUGCACAGAGACAAAGGAAUGUCUGCUGUACGACUUGGUUUGUGAGGGAGACGGUUAUGAGGUACGUCACUAUGACAGUGCUAAAUGGGUGACAGCAGAGGCUGAAUCCUAUUUUAUGGAAAUAGCCAUUUCAAGAGCUUUCAGGAAACUCUUUAAAUACAUCACUGGAGAAAAUGAGGCGGGUGCUAAAAUUGAUAUGACUGCCCCAGUCCUCAUUAAAUCUAAAGAGGAUAAGAGCAUGUUGGAAUCCUCAGUUUAUGUUCUCAGCUUCCUGCUUCCCUCAGACUACCAAGCCAACCCCCCCAAACCUACAGAUCUAUCUGUGUAUUUCACAGACACCCCUGAUAUGAAAGUAUAUGUCAAGAGCUAUGGGGGGUGGAUGGUGUCAGUCAAAGCGAAAAUGCAGUCUAAGCAACUUAAGACAUCACUGGAUAAUGUACAGGCAUCAUAUGAGUCAGACUAUCAUUAUGAUGUUGGUUAUAACAGCCCAAUGAAGCUGUUGAACAGACACAAUGAGGUGUGGUAUAUUGUUAAGGGAGAGCCAGUCUGUCCUGAAACGGAAUAAUUUCAAGGUUCAAAGAGAGAAACACCUACAGUAGAGAACAUCAUAUGGUCCUGUCCUGUUUAUAGGAGAAUGCUCAACUGCUGUUUUGUGUACUUUUUAAUGUGUUUUUUAACUGUACAAAAUCUUAUCCUGUCUACGGACACUUCCUUAUUAAAAAAUAGAUUAAAAAUGAAAAUAAAAAAACUGGGGAUCCUAA